AUGUUCGAAAUUGACGAACCCAACGGCCACAUGGCCUCGGUCGUCACGACGUCCGCAGACUGCCGACCGUACUUGCGUGACGGUCAUCUCAGCUUCUCCUUCAUGCCGAGCAACAACAACACCAGCGGUGGUGGUUUGUUUGGACAGCAGCAACCAGCCAGUACUGGGUUCGGGGCCACCAGCACUGGCUUUUCUUUCGGCCAGAAUGCCACGUCUCAGCCGAGUGGAAGCUUGUUCAGCCAACCAAAACCAGCAUUUGGAGCCGUUACCUCGCCGUCCGCUGAGGGAGGCUUGUUCGGCAGUAAGCCUGCUGCCACUCCGGCCUACGGAGUCUUAAAUAAAGGCGCCAUCUCUGCUUUUUGGGCCACCUACACGGCAUCGCCUUUUGGCGCCAGUGCCACUUCGGGAGGCGGCUUGUUUGCAAACAAUCAAAGCAAAGCAGUCUUUGCUAUCGGCACCACCUCAACUUUUAGCAACACAGGGACAGCAUUUAAUACAGGCACAAGCACCGGUGGUGGUGGUGGUCUGUUUGGCAACCUGAACACCAACACGGGAGGAGGAGGUUUGUUUAGCAACACUGCCAACCGAAACAAACCUGCUGGAGGACAGACCUUCAACACAGGCUCUACAUUCAACAGCGGCAGCAACACGUUGGGCGGGUUCGGCUUCAACAACACGGCCAAUAAACCAUCAGGUUUUGGAACCCUUGGUGGGGGUUUUGGCUCUUCUGGAACUCUUGGAGGUGGCGGUGGCGGUGGUCUUCUUGGCUACAAUAACACUGUGGCGGCUGGGCUGGGAGAAAAUAACAUUGCUAACCUCAUCAAAGCCCUAACAGACAACCCGUUUGGACAUUCAUCGCUGCUGAAAACUCCUGCGUCAGCAACUGGAAAAGCUGACGAGCUAUUGAGUCUUCCAGCCAGCAGCAACAACGCCAAACUGGGAUCUGGGAAUUCCGGAACUCCAACUUAUGUGUUGCCUUCGCAAAAAACGUUCACCCUUCAGCCUCGCCCCAACUUCUCCAUUGGCGAUGCCGGUAAUCUGAUGAACAACAGAAGCCUCCUCUUUGCUGGUCUUGAUGACACCUGA